AUGUCAGGAGAAGAUGCUACAGUGUUUAAGCCAAAUGCACGGGUGCUAGCUUAUCAUGGACCGCUAAUUUACGAAGCUAAGGUGAUAAAAAUUCAUGAAAAAAAUAAGACAUUUAUUGAAGAUGGAGAAGGAAAACAUCAACCUAUUGAAGGAAGCAACUUACCAGAAGAAUACUACAGCGUGAACGCGUAUUUUGUACAUUACAAAGGAUGGAAGGCAAAAUGGGAUGAGUGGGUUGGGCCAGAUCGAAUAUUGGAAUACAAUGAGACCAACGUCCAAGCACAGAAAGAAUUAAAGGAACAACUAACUAAGGCAAAAAUCAAGCCCAAGGUUAAGACAGAGUCUUCUACGGUAACUACUGGUACUAAGAAGAGAGGUAUGCCUGUUUCCGGCGCUACUACUAACACCAAGAAGAAGAAGACUGACCCCAACCGUGUCAAUGAGGUUUCUAUUUUUAUGAAGCCUGAGUUAAAAUAUAUAUUGGUAGAUGAUUGGGAGUUCAUCACGAAGGAAAGAAAGGUAAUAAAUAUCCCUAGCUCGCGACCGGUGACAGCCAUAAUCAGCGACUAUUUGCAAUCGAAGAAGGACCAGGAUACAAGCCCUCAGACAAUGGAAGUGAUAAACGAGAUAUUACAGGGAUUGGAAUUGUAUUUCAACAAGUCUCUCAGCUUGAUUUUGCUUUACAAGUUCGAAAGACUACAAUAUAUGAAUCUCCUCAAAGAUCAUGGAGAUGAUUUGCGGCCAUCUGAAUUGUAUGGAGUCGAACAUUUGUUGAGACUCUUUGUAGCAUUGCCGGGAUUAAUUGCACAAACUACGAUGGAUUCCGUAAGUAUCGGUGUGUUGGUAAAACAGAGUAAGGAUAUACUCGAGUUCAUAACUGAUAAUUUGUCGGUGUAUUUAAAUGAUUAUGUAAAUGUUAGUCCUGCUUAUGAUAGUUUAGCUAGGUCCUAA